CAAUUCGGCUACGAGCUGCUUCCAUUGAUGAAGAAGAGGAGAAGAAGGAAGAAGGAUUUUCGUCGAGUCGAGAGAGAAAAAUGAAAAGGCUUUAACUACUGAAGCCCAAAAGCCCAAAUCUCAAUUUAGAAGAGAAGAGAAAUCAGAGGAGAGAGCUCGUGUGAUGAAGUGAAGACGAAGAAGACACACGAAUGGCUACUCCGUGGUACUUUGUUGCUGUACUUCUCACCGUUCUUACCAGCUCUCAGGGAAUUUUAACAACUCUUUCUCAAAGUGAUGGAGGUUAUAAGUACGAUUAUGCUACUGUUCCAUUUCUUGCCGAAGUUUUCAAGCUGAUCAUUUCUGGUUUGUUUCUCUGGAGAGAGAUGCGGACAUCUUCCUCAGCAGCUGCAAGGAUUACUACGGAUUGGAAGAGCGUUCGCUUAUUUGUUAUUCCUUCUCUUAUAUAUCUGAUCCAUAACAACGUGCAGUUUGCUACACUGACUUAUGUGGACACAUCCACUUAUCAGAUAAUGGGUAAUCUGAAGAUUGUGACCACUGGCAUACUCUUUAGGUUAUUUUUGAAGAGGAAAUUAUCAAACCUUCAGUGGAUGGCUAUUGGUCUUUUAGCUGUUGGAACAACUACUAGCCAGGUUAAGGGUUGCGGAGAAGCUUCAUGUGAUUCGCUAUUCACAGCACCAAUACAAGGGUAUUUGUUGGGCAUCCUCUCAGCUGGUUUGUCCGCACUAGCCGGAAUCUACACAGAGUUUUUGAUGAAGAGAAACAAUGACAGCUUAUACUGGCAAAACUUGCAGUUGUAUACGUUUGGAUCACUUUUCAACGUUGCUCGGCUUUUAGCAGAUGAUUUCAGACUCGGGUUUGAAAAAGGUCCUUGGUGGCAACGUAUCUUUGAUGGGUAUAGCAUCACUACUUGGAUGGUAGUUCUGAAUCUAGGAUCCACGGGCUUACUCGUCUCGUGGUUAAUGAAGUAUGCAGACAACAUCGUGAAGGUAUAUUCAACAUCAAUGGCGAUGCUGCUUACUAUGGUUGCAUCUAUAUACCUCUUCAGUUUCAAACCGACAGUACAGCUUUUCUUGGGUAUUAUCAUAUGCAUAAUGUCACUCCAUAUGUACUUUGCUCCUCCACAAACGCUGGUGGAUUUGCCUGUGACAAAUGAAGCACAUCCCAAGAUAUUAAAACAAGUCAUCGUUGAAGAAAAGACCGAUUCUUGAUUCGAAUGGACGGAAAGUUUACUUCUACAAAAAACUCUCAUCCAUAUACAAAAGCAUUUGCUUCUAGCUUGGCCUUCCUUAGAAGAAUCAGAAACUUGAUUAUGAGUACUUUUGAAACAAUCAUCUUAUAAUUUUCACGUGCCGAUUCUAUUCUUUUCUUUUUUUGUGUGUAGUAAAUGUACAUUGAGGUUCCCAAAGUAGUAAAAAUCCGAUUGAUGAAGCCUUUGUAAGAGUAUACCAGAUAAAUGUUUCUCUCUUAAACCAUCUGGUUUGAUUGGUCGU